AGCAAACCUAAGAUCUCCCGAACUCCUGAACCGGGAGCCAUGCCGAGAGACUCCGCCUGGACCCUGGCACCCACAUUCUCCCACUCGGAACCCCAGCAGAGCAGCCGCCCGUGCUCCGCCAGUGCAGUGGGGGAGCAGAGUGGAGGAUGAACAACAGAGAUCGUUGGAAGGUCUACAAGAGGGUGAGUGUGAUGUUCUUCCUGGCAGUGGUGGCGCUCACCAUGGUCCAGAGAGGGAGCAUCAACAUGGGGGCGCCAUCUGAACUGGAAAGGCAAGCACGCAUGGACACCUCGGGGAGAGUGCAGUCCAGAGCUCCUCUUCAGGAGAAGAUCCAGUCCUUUCAGGGGGUCAAAGGCUUCUGGAAGGCAAGCAAACAAAACCCUCCUCCUGGAGGCGGAUCCACCACCCAAGAACCCAGCAUCACUGACGACGCCAGCACCACCACCUGGGAUGUGACCGCCACUAACUGUAGCGCCAACCACAAUCUUUCAGGCCAGGAUUGGUUUCGGGGUCUGGAGGACACCUUCAAGCAGUUCAUGCUUUAUCGACACUGUCGCUACUUCCCGAUGCUCCUCAACCACCCGGCAAAAUGCUCCGGGGACAUUUAUUUGCUCAUGGUCAUCAAAUCUGUGGCAACCCAGCACGAUCGCAGGGAGCUCAUUCGAAAAACUUGGGGAAAGGAGCGAGUCCUCGAUGGCAAGAGGAUCAAGACAUUCUUCCUACUGGGAAAACCGUCCAACCAGGCCGAGAGGGCCAACCAUCAGAGGCUGGUGGAGUAUGAGAACCUCAUCUACGGGGAUAUCCUCCAGUGGGACUUCUUAGAUAGCUUCUUCAAUCUCACGCUGAAGGAGACCCACUUCCUCAAAUGGUUCCACACCUACUGCCCGAGUGUUCAGUACAUCUUCAAGGGGGACGACGACGUCUUCGUCAGUGUGGAGAACAUCUUUGAGUUCCUUAGCAGCACUAACCGUGCGAGGAACCUCUUUGUAGGAGAUGUGAUUGUCAAGGCGAAGCCCAUUCGAAAGAAGGAAAAUAAGUACUACAUCCCGCUGGCUCUGUACAAUAAGACCCAUUACCCCCCGUACGCUGGGGGCGGGGGCUUCCUGAUGGACGGCAACCUGGCCAGGAGGCUUCAUUGGGUCGCAGAUACCUUGGAGCUGUACCCCAUCGAUGAUGUCUUCUUAGGUAUGUGCCUGGAAGUCCUUCAGGUGGCUCCAAUAAAACACAAUGCCUUUAAGACCUUUGGCCUGGUGAAAAACAAAACCAGCAAGUUGAACAAAGAACCUUGUUUCUUCAGGAGCAUGAUCGUUGUUCACAAACUGCUCCCAGCAGAACUCCUACGCAUGUGGGACCUGGUCAACAGCGACCUGGUCUGUUCACAAAAAGUGGAGAUCCUAUAGCUUGAGCAGGACUGUUGGUCGGGAGAGUCCAAGGCGAACCGCAAUCCUCUCCUGGGACAGUUAGCUAAACGAUGUUCUUUGAAGUUCUUCUAUUUAUAAGACAUUUAAAACACUGAAGCUGUGGAAUGGGAACACCAUGACGUGGAUUCUUUCCUUCGCAACCUUCUCUGCUCCACUGCUCUCCCUCCAUCACUAAUGAAACACCCGGAAAUGUGAACAUUACCACUAAAGAAAAUCAUGAAUGUUUUUGUCUGCCAUAAAGAAGGAAUGCUAUUUUCCAUGUGGAGACCACACUUGUCAUUACUGGUCCGGUUAAAACCAAGCAAGUCUAGUCCGUAGCUCUGCUAGCAUGGUUGAUUUGGUCAGGUGAGAACGCAGGUGGACCCAGAGAUGAGUGGGUCUCCGCCCCGAGUGGGGGCAAGCGCCAACGCACCAAAACACCGCACAUGGCGUCACAACACAAAGCUGAAUGAAAAUCAUGAAAAUAAGCAGUCGCUUAGUAGCUAGCUUAACAUUCGUCCAACCGCCGGAAGACGUCAUGUUUUGGUCCGCUGAGGAACAUGUUGGUAUUUGGCCCCCUAGAGGUCAGCGUCUGUACUGCUGUGACUUUUAUGGUUCAUAAGAAAUAUUACUUGAUCUUUGGCCUGGAUGUGUGGUUUAAAAGUAUGAGAAUGACUGGUCUCUACCUCAGUACUCUCCUACUACCAGGGUCACCAGGACCUGGCCAUACCAGGGUCACCAGGACACGACCAUACCAGGGUCACCAGGACCUGGCCAUACUAGGGUCACCAGGACCUGGCCAUACCAGGGUCACCAGGACAGGGCCAUACCAGGAUCACCAGGACACGGCCAUGGUCCAGGUCCU